AAAACAACUAACAUCUAACCGUUAGAUGGCUAUCACAUAUCCUACGGCCUUCGUUUCACCAAAACCCUAUCAUAUAGCCUCUUCAGUCUUCUCUUCUACCACCAACACGCAAGCUCCGACUCUGCCCUUCCCCCCAUCUAUCGUCUUCUCUACACAAGUCGUCGGCUUUUAGUAAUCGGGAAGGAUGUCGGACGAGGAGCACCAGUUCGAGAACAAGGCCGACGCUGGAGCAUCCAAAACCUAUCCCCAGCAAGCCGGUACCGUCCGUAAGAGUGGAUACCUGCUCAUAAAAAACCGUCCUUGCAAGGUUGUGGAAGUCUCAACAUCCAAGACUGGCAAGCAUGGUCAUGCUAAGUGCCACUUUGUUGCGAUUGAUAUCUUCACGGCUAAGAAACUUGAAGAUAUUGUUCCUUCUUCACAUAACUGUGAUGUGCCUCAUGUUACCCGUACAGAUUACCAGCUUAUUGAUAUAUCAGAAGAUGGAUUUGUGAGUCUGCUCAUGGAUAAUGGUGAGACCAAGGAUGAUCUCAAACUUCCAACUGAUGAUGCUUUGCUUGCACAGAUAAAGGUGGGAUUUGAGGAAGGGAAGGAACUUGUUGUGUCCGUCAUGUCCUCCAUGGGUGAGGAGCAGAUCUGUGCCGUUAAGGAUAUUGCACCCAAGUAAAACUUCUGGUGGUGGUGCUGUGGGAUUUGCCGUUUGGCUGCACUGCUCAUUCUGUCGGCCAAUUUGUUGAAAUUUUUCUCCCAUUUCAUUUGUUUUGAUAUUUAUGUUGUCCUUGAUUACUAGGUUUCUUUUUGUUCGAGGAUUUUGUGCAAGCCCAACUACUCACAGAGCAUUUGCUAUCAUGAUAUAUACAUUUAUGUGUCAUGUUGCCAUGCCCAACUUUAUGGUUUUAUGAAUCAUGUUAGUUAAUAAAAACUAAACCAAACAACAUCAAAUUACGAUUACAAUUACAAACAUAAAAUACUUGGUAAAUGCAUUCAUUUGCGCUCGUUGAAAAAUUUACCUCGCGGGUAGCACCG